GUAGCAGAACGACGGAGUUACCUGAAACUAGGUGGAAGUCUCCGCCCCUCCAUUCAGUUUGUGCUUCAUGAUCCUGGAAGAAAGCGAACCUUGUCAGGAAAGACUUGAAACACUUUGGAAGAAGCUACUCGUGACUUUACAUCCUCUCGUUCGGACACCGGCCAAGCGUCAACAUGUUGAUUAAAGAAUACCGAAUCGUCCUGCCUGUUUCAGUGGAGGAGUAUCAAUUGGGGCAGCUGUAUACGGUUGCAGAAGCCAGCAAAAACAAUACCGGCGGAGGAGAGGGUGUUGAAGUGCUGGCCAAUGAGCCCUAUGAAAAAGAUGGAGAGAAGGGACAGUAUACCCACAAGAUCUACCACCUGAACAGUAAAGUUCCACGAUUAGUGAGGGCACUGGCGCCAAAGGGCUCUCUUGAGAUUCAUGAAAAGGCCUGGAAUGCAUAUCCCUACUGCAGAACCAUUCUCACUAAUGACUACUUGAAAGACAAUUUUCAAAUUAAGAUUGAGACAUGGCACAAGCCGGACAUGGGAGAACAGGAGAACAUACAUGGACUAGAGAAAAGUGAGUGGGAGAAAGUUGAAGUUGUAAAUAUCGACAUUGCUGACAGAAAUUGUAUAAGUCCGAAGGAGUACAAAGAAGAUCAGGAUCCAGCCAAAUUUAAGUCAGAAAAAACGGGAAGAGGGCCUCUCGGACCAGAAUGGAAGAAAGAAGUUCAGAACGACCCCACCUGUCCACAUAUGUGUGCCUAUAAAUUGGCCACAGUAAAAUUCAAGUGGAUGGGCUUGGCGGGCAAGAUAGAGAGCCUGAUUCAGAGGGCUCAGAGGCGUCUCUUCACCCACUUCCACAGACAGCUCUUCUGCUUGAUCGAUAAGUGGAUUGAUCUUUCAAUGGAUGACAUCAGGAAAAUUGAGGAUGACACAAAGAAAGAACUGGAUGAGGUGACUAAACAGUAUAUUACUGUAUUUUCAUUACUUUAUGAGGCAAAAUAGUGAGUGCAAAGGCAUGGACAUGGAAGAAUAACUGGUUGGCGUUGUCAUGCAGACACAACCCCUGACACAUUGAAUCAAGAGCUCCUCCACCAAAUCCAAGAAUACUACAGUUCCUACAAGUUACAAGAUAGUGAAAAAUUCUGAAGUGAUAGUUUUAAUGUAUUUAUUUUAUCUUACAAUACAGUGAAGCAUAUAUUGCUUUUGAGGUUUGUUUUGGCAUGAAAAAUUGUAGGGGUAUUCUUAGCGGCAGGUUCCUAUGCCAAAAGUUUGUUGGUCUAAUAAAGUCCCUAAUUAUAAGUAUUUCCAUUUAAAAAGGCCAUGCAAAGAAUGAAGGAAAUGCUGCUAAAAUUAGUUGUUGACUGCUUACCUUUUGAAAAAUAUUGAACUUUUGGUUUCCUUUUUUUGGGGUUGGACAUGUUGUUGUCAUUGUCAUUGUUCAGAUUUGGCAGCCUAUUCUGAUGUAUAUUGGGUGUAAUGAUAUUAAUUUUUAUUUGAUCUGUUGAUGCUGAAAAUACAACUGCUCAUUAAAUGGACACUUUCGUUUUU